AAAAUCCUAAUCUAUGAAAAAUGCCCGGAGAAGUUGGUGUUUUAUUGUCACCCCAAGACUGUGAGAAUAUUCUUUCAAAAUUCGACGAAAAUGCAACGUUAGCAAAGUAUGAAAUAAACAGAAUUAGUGGUAAAGUUUUCGGAUUUUUGGCGGCACAUUACUAUGUGACCAUUGAAUAUACAAGAAAUGGUCAAAAUGUAGUAUAUUCUCAUCGAUUUUUCCUAAAAACAAUGCCAACGGCCAAUGAGACACAGAGAGCUUACAUAGAAAGUAUGGGCAUAUUCAAGAAGGAGAUACUGAAUUACAAAAAUUUUCUUUCGGAAUUUUCUCAGCUGACAAAGGUACCUUUUGUUGCGAAAUAUUACUUUUCGAAGAGUGACUGUCUUGUGAUCGAGGAUUUAUCUUCAUUGAAUUAUCAGGUCUGUAAUAUGGAAUAUCUAGGACAUAGAAAAUGCGUAGGUGCUUUAAACGCUUUAGCUAGACUACACGCCAGUUCUAUAAUAUUCGAGGAGGCAAGGAGCACCAAAGAGCAACCGUACAGGCUAAACGAACAUUUCCACGAGGAACUAACUGAAGCAACGUUUUCCUUUCAAGAGGGCCACGUAAGAAACAAAUGGUGCAAGACCUCCACCCGUUGUCUGGAACAACUAAGUAGGUAUUUUACCAACAACGAGGAGGUUGCAAGAAAAAUCAAACAGUACGUGUUUUCUGAAAACGGUUUGAAAAAAUAUAUAAGACCGUCAAGAACGUACAGGAACACUGUUUGCCACGACGACCUCUGGUGCAACAACAUGAUGUUCAACGAAAGAGACGAAUGCAUGCUAUUGGAUUUUCAGUUGUCUAGGUACACCCCACCAGUUUUCGACGUACUUCUGUUACUGCACUUGGGUACAACUGCAAGUUACUUGAACAAAAAUAUAGAAUACCUUUUAGAUUUAUAUUACAAUUUCCUGACAAAUGAAUUGUCAAGGUACGAUCUAAAAAUAGAGGAGAUAAUCUCAAAAGAUGACUUCUUAGCUAGCGCAGAAGAAUACACGUUACCCGCAUUGGUCGAAGCUGGCUUAUAUGGUACAAACGUCUAUUUGCCCGAGUCAGUGUCGAGUAUAGUCGUCUCGUGUCCGGAAAACUUUUUAGAAUUUGCAAUGAAAGACAGGCCGUCUUUCGUAGUAAAGGAAUUUGAACGUAACCAAGAAUAUAGAGAGAGGUUUAGCACUGUUCUGAAACCUCUGUUCCAUAUCAUUGAGGAAAUAGAGAUAAAUUAAUUUGAAGAAGGUGAUAUAGAAUUUAAUUCGAUUUCUAUUGUAUAUAAAACUCUUGAAAGAUGUAACAAUGAAUUCAAUAAAGAACGUACAUAGAAAUACAUCA